AGGAGGGCGACAGAGAACGAGCUGGAUGCUGACAGAUUCCUGAUAGAUGGUUAAAAUGGCGAGAGCGUGUUCGACCCCAGUGAGCCACCAAAGUGUAACACUGUAGGUCGGAACAUGUAGUAGCAGAAGCUGGAUUAUCUCUCUGUGGGUCCUUCUUUUUUUUUUCUUUAACCCCGUGGUCCGUUCACCUCACUUUGUUUUUCUGCACGUGCUGGAAUAUUUGGAGUGUUUUAAAUGGCAUCCACAAGGCGCCGCCGCCUUGUUCUGUGCUUUUUGGGAAUAUUGCUCAGUUCUUUCAUGGGCGUGACGUGCGAGGCGGAGCUCUCCUUCACCCUGGAGCCCAGCGACGUCAUCGCGGUGCAGGAGCAGCCCCUCAUGCUCCACUGCCAGGUGAACGGCCUCCCCCCGAUCACGACGCAGUGGCGGCACAACGGCCUCCUCUUGGCUCAGGACCGGCGUCACGCCACCUUCGUCAACGGCUCGCUGCUGGUCCGUCACUUCCAGAAGACCAGAGCCGACGGCUCGUCCGACGAGGGCGACUAUGAGUGCAUCGCCCAGAAUUCCUUUGGACUGGUGGUGAGCCGGAAAGCCCGGAUUCAGGCUGCAACCAUGGCAGACUUCCAUGUUCAGCCAGAGUCCGUUCAUGCGGAGGAGACUGGCGUAGCGAGAUUCCAGUGCCAGAUCCAUGGGCUGCCAGAGCCUGUGAUCAGCUGGGAAAAAGACAACCAUCCAGUGGACACUAAGGAUGAAAGGUAUACGCUGCUGCCUACAGGUGUUCUCCAGAUUACUGGAGUGCGCGACGAGGACAGCGGAAAGUUCUGCUGCGUGGCUCAUAACAGUGCAGGAGUGAAACACAGCAAGGAGGCGCUCCUUACUGUUUCAGGCUCCCAGGCAUCUGUCUACAAAGAGCCAAUGAUCCUGGUCGGUCCAGAAAAUCUCACCCUCACCGUUCACCAAACUGCCAUCUUGGAGUGUAUUGCAACUGGAUACCCUCGGCCCAUUGUGUCUUGGAGCAGAUUAGACGGCCGUCCCAUCGGCGUGGAGGGAAUCCAGGUCCUCGGCACGGGGAAUCUUAUGAUCUCGGAUGUCGGUGUGCAGCACUCGGGGGUUUACGUGUGCGCCGCUAACAAACCGGGGACCCGUGUUCGUAGGACUGCUCAGGGGCGUCUCGUGGUCCAAGCCCCAGCCGAGUUUGUCCAGCUUCCCCAGUCCGUCGCUCGUCCUGUCGGCACCACCGCCAUCUUCACCUGCCAGGCCCAGGGUGAGCCCGAGCCCCAGCUCACCUGGCUGAAGAACGGACAGAUCCUGGAACCCGGGGCUCAUGUCAGACUCAGGAACAACAACAGCACGCUGACGAUCUACGGCAUUAGCCAGGACGACGAGGCCAUCUACCAGUGCAUCGCUGAGAACAGCGCCGGCUCCACACAGGCCAGCGCCCGCCUCACGGUGCUGUGGGCCGAUGGGCUCCCCGGUGUGCCGCAUGACGUGCAGGCCGAGGCCCUCUCACCCACCACCAUCCAGGUGUCCUGGAGGGAGCCCGAUCAGAACACUCAGGAUAUCAUUGGAUACGUGGUCCACAUACGCAGGACCCCAGACCCAGUGGAGAUGGAGUACGAGGAGGCGGUCAAUAAGAUGACGCUGCAGCAGACCAUCAGGGACCUGGAGCCCUCCACCAGUUACGUCUUCUACGUCAAGGCUUACACGUCCCACGGGGCCAGCAAGCCAUCCGACAGUGUCACCCAGAGCACGCACGGAGAGGUGCCCGCGCCUCCUUCGCUCCACACCAAGGUGGUGAACAGCAGCUUUGUCCAAGCGACGUGGGAGCCGUCGUCAAAGAUGGGCCAACACCAAGGCUUCAGGCUGUUCUACAGGAGAGCCCACGCGACGCUGUUCACCGGUCCCAUCGUCUUCCCUCGCAACAUCAGCCAGUACAACAUCACUCAGCUCGAUCCUACGCUGGUCUACGAGAUUAAGCUGCUCGCCUUCAACCAACACGGCGACGGCAAUGCCACGGUGCGGUUUGUUUCUCUUCGGGAGGCGGUGGAGAAAUCAGUGUUGGACGUCCCGUGUGACUGUGUCAAAGACGAGCAGAGUAAGGCGUCCACCACAGGCAUCAUCAUCGGGAUCCACAUCGGACUCACCUGCAUCAUCUUCUGCGUGCUCUUCCUCGUCUUCAGCUACCGCGGCAGGUUAAUGAUGUGUAAGACAGUUCAGGCGAGCCCUCAGGCGGGACACAGUGCAGUGCUGGAGUCCUCAUCCUCCUCCUCCCAGGGGGCCGCCGGGCUCAACGGUGCUGUCAGGAGAGAGAUGGAGGUCAACGGCAGUGCCGCAGGGAAAAAAGUGGUCGACAGCAACGAGCUCGAGAGACUUUUCACUCAACCUCUACAAGAUUCAUGCAUGCCCAACUCCUUCGUGCUCAACGAGACCCAGCUGUCGACGAUACCGCUGGACGAGUUCGCGGUGGAGCGGGACAUGGAGACGCAAUUCCAGGAGCCUCCAGCAGCAGGAGCAAGUCAACAGGACCAAGGCUAAUCUUGUAUGAAGGCUAACUCACGCGACACUGUCCACAGUGUAGACUCUUCACUCACUCAGGUUGAAAAGUGUUUCCUUUCAAAGUAGUUUUCCCUUUGGUGCAAAGAUUUUUUUUUUAUUAUUAUCAUUGGUAAGUUAAGAAGAAUUUAGAAAUGUACGUAUAUCAGAUUUUUUUUUUUUUUCCUUGGCCUGGUUUUUAAGCUGGACAGGCCAAUUAAAUGUUUUGGUUUUAUUAUUUUAUUUUUUACAGUUUGUAGGGCUGUCACUUUUUUAGUCCACAUCGAACACACGUUCUUUUCAAACAUUACCUUAAAAUAACAAAGCUAACCAACUGUUAGCUUUGUUGGUGACUUCAAAUACCCGUUGAUUGAACAUUGAGGUUUAUUUGAGGCUCAAUGCGAGAUACAUAUACGGAAAUGGAAGCCGCAUUCUUGCCAUACUCUGUGUUCUUUCCGUCCGUAUUCGUGUCCUUUAAUGGAUGAGACCCAAACGGAGGCAGUACCAUUGCAAAACAUGGGGGGGGGCAGUGUAGUCAAUAAUGCGGCAGUCGAGUUACCUCUUAGACCUUCACUGCCGUCGCCAAGUUUGUCAAGUACUCAAUACUCUGCACUGCCCUCACGGUUUCCAACAUAAAGUCGCAUGUAUACUUUAAAAGCAUAAAUGAGCCUUUUGUGUGUAUUCUUAAUUUAGUUUAAUGUUAGAACACAAAAAAAAAAACCUUUCAUAAACAAACAAAAAAAACAAAAAAGUGACAGUUCUACUAAAUUGUUCAUUAUCUGGUGUUGGGCAGCACAGAAUAGAGAGCCCAGAAUGUCAUUGUUAUACGAUGAUUUUAUUUUUAAGUUUAUUGACAUAUAUAUACAGUAAAUAUAUAUAGAAAUGCAUAUAUAUCAUCUAUAUGUCAAAAGUGGUUAUAAGUUAUUGGUCUUAUUUCGACUUUUCUGUGGAUGUCAAAGACUCCUGCUGCCUGUUGUCACCUACCAAUGAUUCCAUCCGCUCAUUCAGAGAAGACCUCAGCCUUCUCCCAGGGAUUUGAUAUAUUCUGUCUCAGGACUUUGUUUCAGUGAUAUCAACGUUUUCUUUCUUUUGUUUUUUUUUUUUAAAUAUAUAUGAGUUGUCGGCCUUCAUACAGACAAAAGACUUGGCUGCGCGAACGUUACGUUUCAACAAAAACCUACCUCAGUCAGAAUGAAUGUGUUGCGGGAAGCUUUAAGGACUUUUAACUUCCCCUGUUCUCACAAUUACUUAACACGCGGACGAACUGGUUGUUUUGGGGUUU